AUGGCCGCAACGAAACAGACGUGGACGCUCGAGGGCGAGAGCGAGCUGCGCCUCGAGGUCGACUUCGACGCCGUCGUCGUCGUCGUGCUCAAGCAGGGCCUCUGCGAGGUGCUCGGCGUCGAGCUCGCGGCCGGGCGCGAGUACGCCUUCGCCGGCGCCAAGGUGGCGCUCUACAGCUGGCACGGCUGCCAGCUCGAGACGCGGGGCGAGUGCGCGUCCGUGUACCAGACGGGCCCCGGCGAGACGACGGCGGCGGCGGCGCUCAACGCGCACAGCUACCUCGAGACGCGGCGCGACGAGGCGUCGCGCGCCGACUCGUGCGGCCGCGACUGCCGGGGCCCGCGGGUCAUGGUCGUGGGCCCGAGCGACAGCGGCAAGAGCACGCUCGCCGCGACGCUCCUGGGCUACGCGGCGCGGCUCGGCCGCGAGCCGACGUUCGUCGAGCUCGACCCGGCGCUCGGCGACUGCGGCGCGCCGCCGGGCGCCGUCGCGGCCGCGCGCGUCACGCGGGAGACGCUGAGCGUCGACGAGGGCUUCGGGUCGCUGGACUGCGCGCCGCUGAGCUACUGGUUCGGCUACGAGGCGCCGCGGGAGCACCCGGACCUCUACGCGCGCGUCGUCGACGAGCUCGCGGUCGCGGUCGCGGAGAAGCUCGACGGCGACCGGUCCGCGAACGUCGCGGGCCUGGUCGUGGCGACGUCGUCCUGGGUCGACGGCGACGGCUUCGCGAGCCUGCUGCGCGUCGCGUCGGCCUUCGCCGUCGACGCGGUGCUCGUGCUCGCGCACGACCGCCUCUUCGCGGACCUGCGGCAGGCGCUGCCGCCGUCCGUCGCCGUCGCGAAGCUGCCGCGGUCCGGCGGCGUCGUCCAGCGCGACGUCGUCCACCGGCGCCGGGCGAAGCACCGCAAGAUCCACGAGUACUUCUACGGGCCCCAGUCGCACGCGCGGAGCCUCCUCGCGAAGAAGGACGACGACGCGGCGCUCGACAAGCUCCUCGAGGCGACGGCGCCGCCCCUCGCGCCGGCGACGCACGAGCUGCCCUUCCGCGCCGUGCGCGUCUUCAAGGUCCUCGCGGGCUCCACGGGCGACGACUCCAUGCUCCCCGUGGGCCAGGGCUCCAUGCUCGAGCCGCUCCAGGUCGUCGCCGUGACCGUCUCGCCCGUGCUCGUCCACAACGUCCUCGCGGUCUGCCACCCGGCCAGGGACGGCGACGACGCGGGCGACGACGACGAACACGACGACGCGGCCGCCGACGCGGCGACGUCGCCGCACCAGCACCUCCUCGGCUGCGCGGCGGCGGGCUUCGUCGUCGUGACGAACGUCAACGUCGAGGCCCAGACCAUCACGCUCCUCGGGCCCUGCUCCGGCGACCUGCCGUCACGGAACCUGCUCCUGGGCAAGCUCGAGUGGAUGGAGUCGAACAUCGCGUAA